GUCACUGAGAGAGGUAGAGGUAGGAGGUAAGGUAUAUCAACCACUACUCUGCUGCCACUACCGUCAUGAUGCAUCUACCCACUACCACCACCACCACCACCACGACUCCCACUGCUUCUCCUCCUACUACUCCCACCACCGAGCAACAACCACCAGCAUCCUACGACGAUCAGAUGGCUGCCAUCACAAUGUCUCCCGUCUCGACAUCCUCGCCGACCGGGGCCAUGAAGCGACGCCACUCGCCCUCAUUGUCCAUCGACCUGUCCACUCUCCCCGCCCUCUCCCAACCCGCAACGCCGAGCAAUACCCUCCUCAUCACCAACCUCAACGCUCCCGAAAUCUUCCAAGGCGCCAGUCUCGAGAGCAUCCGAGCAGCCAUCAACCAGCAUGCCACCAUCCACACCUUCUCGCCACUCAAAUCCUUCCGUCGCAUCAUCGUCAGCUUCUACACAGUCGAAGAUGCAAUCAACCUGCGCCAAGUGCUCGACGGCGAAUCCGUCUUGGGCAACCGAGUCCGCGUCUACUUUGGCACCGAGACUAAGAUCAACGAUCAGGAAGAUCAACAUCUGCAAGCACCACAGAGCCAAAAGCUCUUCUUCAUCUCCCCACCUCCCAGUCCUCCCGUCGGCUGGGAGGUGCGCAACGAAGAGCCGCCAAACAAAGAAGUCCACGCAGAUGAUCUCGCUGUGGCGCUCUCGAAACUCCACGCUCGGCCAGCGGCGGAUCAGGCACUAUAUGACGAUGUAGAGGGCAAGACUCCCGUCUCGGCAGGUGGUGGCAGGUCGAGGAGUUCCACUUUGGUGUUUGACCCGCAGGAGCAUGGUCGUUCACCCGAUUUGCCGGCGAUUGCGGUAGAGGAUACUACGGACAGCCCUCUUCCGCUGAGUCCUGUGGAUGGUACUACGAAGCAGUUUAUCCAUACCGCACGGCCACCGGUUGAGCUCAUGGAGCACUAGAAGACAUGGAGAGCGGGGCGGGGUUUGACGAAGUUUUUUAUGAUUGAUGGGUCUGGGUAUAAGGCAUCAUAGCGAGGCGUUUAUUGGGAUGAGCACUGGAGGCACUGAAGAUUACUACGUUACAUGUAGCUCUCGAGUGCAAAGUGUACAUGUGUAGAACAAGCAGAUUGUAACAACGGAUACCUAUCCCGCUGCGAGCUUCUC